ACUGUCAAGUGUCACAAGUGUCGGGUCUGCUGGCGACGAGGAGGGGUGGCGUUGGCAGAGCCGGGGGCCCGUUUGGACCAUCGGAGCAGACGGUGACUCAGCUCUUUCCGGUUUUGUCCUGGAGCCCCUGAUGAGGCUCUGCGGAGGACGCCGGGCUCUUGUGCCGUGUCCCGUCCAGAGAUCUCUCCUCCACGGGAUGCUUGUGAGAGCAGGCCACUGAGAGCUGGCCGGACUGAUCCACGUUUUGCGUGAUUGGGUUCUGCACCGUGGCUUUGGGGGGGCGGUGAGGGGUCUCCUCUGGGGGAACGAGGGACAUCAUUGGCCGGCUUUCAUGGCUCUGCACGAGCUCCUGCGGGAGGGAGGGGAGGCGUCCUGCCGGCUCAUGAACCGGCUCAGUCAUCUGAUCCAGAACCUGGACAUCUCCGGACUGGGCUCCUCGUUCAGCCCCGCCAGCCGCAAGAGCUCCUGGAGGGACUGGGACGAUGACAUCCUGCAGCUGGAGACCAGUCCCCUCCGCGCUGCCGACAUCACCAUCGACCUCAAGAAGCAGUUUGCCUUCCUGUCAGGAGGCAGAGGAGACAACGGCAGCCCCAUCAUUGUGUUCCCAGAAUUCCCUGCCUUUGGCGAGAUCGCAGACAGAGAGUUUCACAACGUGCUUACCUACCUGACCAGCGUACCCAGCUUGUCGUCGGCAGACGUGGGUUUCAUCCUCGUCAUCGACCGCAGACAGGACCGAUGGGCGGCUGUCAAGGGGACGCUGCUUCGCAUCGCGGGUUCCUUCCCCGGGAACCUGCAGCUGGUUCUGGUGCUGAGACCCACCACGCUCCUGCAGCGCACGCUGUCGGACAUCCUCUUCAAGUUCAACAAGGACGAGUUCAAGAUGAAGGUGCCGGUCAUCAUGCUGAGCUCCAUCACAGAGCUGCACUCGUACAUCGACCAGAGCCAGCUGACGCAGGAGCUCGGGGGGGUGCAGGAGUACUGCCACGACAAGUGGAUCUCCCAGCGGACGGCCAUCGAAGGCUUCGCUCUGAUGGUGAAGAAAACCGCACAGACCCUGCAGCUGUUCGGCACCGAGCUGGCAGAAACCGAACUCCCCAACGAGAUCCAGGCCACGAGCCUCCUGCUGGGAACGCACACCUCCAAGAGGGACGAGAGGAAGGAGGACAUCCUGGGGGUUCUGGCCCAGGGCCGCGUUCUACUGGAGACCAUCAACGACCCCGUGGUGAGAAACCCCGACCACAACAUGAACCAGGACGAGCUGGAGAACCUGGCCACGGUGCAGAGACUGCUGUCUCAGCUGGACGAGACGGAGCGGGCCUUCGACGAGUUCUGGACGAGGCACCGGACCAAGAUGGAGCAGUGUCUGCAGCUGCGCCACUUUGAGCAGGACUACAAGGAGGUGAGGGCUCUGCUGGAGCAGGCGUCUGAGAAGCUUGCAGCCUUCUCCGAGGUCGGGAUCAGCCCCGCCCACGCCGACCACAUCCUCUACGAGCUCACCGCCUUCGAGGACAGAGUCUGUGAGGUCCUGGAGCGAGCCCUGGCCUUGUCCCGGGACGGGGACGCUCUCAUCCAGAACUCCCACUACGCCGAGGACUCCAUCCGGCCCAAAUGCAGCGAGCUCAGAUCCAUCAGCGAGGACUUCUGCAGCCGCCUGAAGGCCAAGAAGGACCACCUGCUGAAGGCCAUCGAGCUGCACCAGCGGCUGGAGAUGGCGUCCAAGUGGGUGGACGACGGCAUCUACCUCCUGGCGUCUCAGCCGGUGGACAAGUGUCAGUCGCACGAGGGGGCGGAGCUGGCCCUGCAGGAGCUGGAGCGUUACCUGGACAACGCAGGCCACAAUAAACUGGUCGACCUCGACACCAUCUGGAAGGAGUACGAGGCGGUGCUGAACCAGAACUUCAGGGACCAAGUGGAGAAGGUCCACCAGAAACAGACGUCCAUGCAGGAGAUGUUUGACAAGAGGAGGGUGAGCCUGAAGAAGCUGGCGGCCAAACAAACCCGACCGGUGCAGCCAGUCGCCCCGAGACCCGAGGCCUUUAUCAAGUCCCCCCUCAGCUCCCCUGCGCAUCGACUCCAUCAGGACAGAAACUGCUCCGACUCCGGCAACAGCUGUGAAAAAGUAAACCCGUGUCUUUUCCAUGGAAACGUCCAAAUGCAGAAUGGAGACGGCAGCAGCAGACAUGCAUCUCUGUCGGAGGAGGAGGAGAACCUGGCGGUGCUCCGGCGACACGUCAUGAACGAGCUGCUGGAGACGGAGCGAGCCUACGUGGAGGAGCUGCUCUGCGUGCUGCAGGGAUACGCCUCAGAAAUGGACAGCCCCGCCAUGUCCCACCUCAUCCCUGCCCCUCUGCAGAACAAAAAGGAGGUUCUUUUCGGCAACAUGCCUGAGAUUUAUCACUUCCAUAAAAGGACUUUCCUGAGGGAGUUGGAGCAGUACACCGACUGUCCGGAGCUGGUGGGCCGCUGCUUCCUGGAGAGGAUGACGGACCUGCAGAUCUAUGAGAAGUACUGUCACAACAAACCUCGCUCCGAGAGCCUCUGGAGACAGUGCUCUGACUGCGCCUUCUUCCAGGAGUGUCAGAAGAAGCUGGAACAUAAGCUGGGCUUGGAUUCGUACCUGCUGAAGCCGGUUCAGAGGAUCACCAAAUACCAGCUGCUGCUGAAGGAGAUGCUGAAGUACAGCAAAGGCUGCGAGGGCACCGACGACCUGCAGGACGCUCUGACCUCCAUCCUGGGCAUCCUGAAGGCCGUCAACGACUCCAUGCACCUCAUCGCCAUCACAGGAUACGAGGGCAACAUGAGCGAGCUGGGGAAGCUGCUGAUGCAGGGCUCCUUCAGCGUCUGGACGGAGCACAAGAAAGGUCACGCCAAGGUCAAGGACCUGGCCCGCUUCAAGCCCAUGCAGAGGCACCUCUUCCUGCACGAGAAGGCGCUGCUCUUCUGCAAGAGGCGCGAGGAGAACGGCGAGGGCUACGAGAAGGCGCCGUCGUACAGCUUCAAGCAGUCACUGAGCAUGAGCGCGGUCGGUAUCACCGAGAACGCAAAGGGCGACAACAAAAAGUUUGAAAUCUGGUGCAACUCCAGGGAAGAGGUCUACAUUGUCCAGGCACCGACGGCUGAGGUGAAGACCACGUGGGUGAAGGAGAUCAGGAAGGUCCUGACGACGCAGCUGCAGGCGUGCAGAGAAGCCAGCCAGCAGAGGGGGCCAGACCAGAUCUUCCAGUUCCCACCUGUUCCCAGCGGAGCCGUCAGUCUGAGUCCGUUCAAGACGAGUCAGAAGAGUUUGAAGAGGUCGGAGGAGAAGAAGGCGGAGCCCGGCAGCCCCGACGCCAACUCCUCCUCCUCUCCCAAGAUCUCAGGGAAAGACGAGGCCUUGACAAGCCCGACCUCAGACAGAGCGGCUGCGGCUAAAAAGCGCUUUACUUUACAGGGAUUCAGUAAUCUCAAAGCUCAGAAAGAGCCGUCGGCCGCGGAUGACAAGAGUUCCACCUUGCCCCUGAUGAUCUUCCCGUCGGCAGGAUCUCCCACCAGCCCGGACCGCAAGACGAAGCGGCAGAGCGACCCCACGCCGUUCGGCUUCAAAGGCUGGAACAAGCCGUCGCUGUCGCUGGACGCCUCCGAGGAGCACGAGGGCUACUCCAGCGCCGAGGAUCCCCUCAACUCGGACGCCGAGGAUGAAAACGCCAGGAAGCUGAGUGCCGGGAAAUACAGGGUGAUGGGCGACUACGAGAAGGGAGGAGCUCAGGAUCUGGCGGUGAAGACUGGAGACACGGUGAAGCUGGUGAAGGAGGGAGACGACGGGCAGUGGUUUGUCCGUAACCUGAGCAGCUCCAAGGAGGGCUGGAUCGCCGCUGCCAACCUCCUCACCCUCAUCGGGAAGUCCAAGUCCUGCCAGUCUCUCACCAGCUCAGAGGGCUCGGGGAACCUCAGCACGUCGUCCAGCUGCAGCGAGGCCUACACAGCCUUCCCCGACGUCAAACCCUGAACCCCCCAGCACUUCCUCGGCCACAGCACUGUCCUCCCGAACCCGAGCAUCGUGUGAUCUUGCCAACAUCAGUCCUAAAAAGGAAUUUUGCACAGAAAAAACUGUAUUUUUUCCUCCAUUAAUUGUCUUUAAUUCACAUGCACUGUAUUGUUCUGGUACGACGGCGUCUCUUAAGGAUCCUGCAGUUGUUGCCAUCACGAGGUGAAGAUACAGAACAAACAUCCACACUACAUCCUGUAUAGUAGCUUGAUAGUCACAAACAAGUGUAGUCUGCUUAUUUUUACGACGCAGUCUGCUUAUUUUUAUGAUCGGGUGAUAGAUGUGCGUAUGAAUGGGCCAGCGGGACUGAUCUCAAGUUAUGCAUCUAUUUAAAUUCACAAUCAAACUGUAAAUCUCAUUGCGUUUAUGUGCACAAGAGCUGUCUUAACAUUCAGCUGCAUUCACUUUCCAUAAACAUUCAUAUUUCAACUGUUACUGUGAAUUUUAAAAAAGGGAGACGAUGGGUAUGUUUUUGUUCUUAUGUUUUGUAUUAGGGCCAUGCAGGAGAAAAAAUAUUUGAGAGGAGAAGAUAUUUUUUUAUUGUGCACUUCGAGAAAAAAGUCGAAAUGUCGAGAAAAAAGUUUAAAAAUUAAUUUAAAAAA